UUUCUUCUUGUCGGGGUCAAACAAACAAAACCGAACUUGGGAUUGCAGCGUGAGGUCUCCACGGUGCCUAUUUCAAUCAAUCUCUUCAUCAAGCCGCCGCCUUUAAGUUGUUGAGAGACUUCGGUCUGUUGCCAGAAACUCAGGAAAAUCUCAGAACUCCCACCAUUCUACAUCCAUGGCUGCUUCUAUCGCUCCAACUUCCACAUCUUUCAUCAACAAGAAGGAGUUGGAUCUCUCUGCUUUUUCUUUGUCACGGCCACUCUCCCUUCAGAGAUGCAAGAGAACCAUCCCAAAGAAAAUUUGUUCGGUUAUGGCACCGCAACAAUCAGAACGCAGUCCCGCCACCACUGGCUCGGUCAAGACGGCGAUGACGAUGACCGAGAAGAUCUUGGCUAGGGCCUCUGAGAAAACCCAGUUGAGCCCAGGUGACAAUGUCUGGGUAAAUGUUGAUGUUUUGAUGACACAUGAUGUUUGUGGCCCUGGUUCUAUUGGAAUCUUCAAGAAAGAGUUCGGCCAGAAUGCAAAGGUUUGGGACCGGGAGAAGGUUGUAAUCAUACCUGACCAUUAUAUAUUUACAAGUGAUGAACGUGCAAAUCGUAAUGUUGAUAUCUUGAGGGAUUUCUGCACAGAACAAAAUAUCAAGUACUUUUAUGAUAUUAAAGAUUUGAGUAACUUUAAGGUUAACCCGGAUUACAAAGGUGUUUGCCAUAUUGCUCUUGCCCAAGAAGGUCAUUGCAGGCCUGGAGAGGUUCUGUUAGGUACAGACUCCCACACCUGUACUGCUGGAGCAUUUGGCCAAUUUGCUACUGGAAUUGGUAACACUGAUGCAGGUUUCGUAUUGGGUACUGGGAAGCUUCUGCUCAAGGUGCCUCCGACUCUCCGAUUUGUAAUGGAUGGUGAAAUGCCAGAUUACUUACUAGCUAAAGAUUUGAUUUUACAGAUUAUUGGUGAAAUAUCUGUUGCUGGUGCAACAUAUAAAGCCAUGGAGUUUGUUGGUACAACAGUUGAAAGUUUAAGUAUGGAAGAAAGGAUGACUCUGUGCAACAUGGUUGUUGAAGCUGGUGGGAAGAAUGGUGUUGUCCCUGCAGAUAGUACUACAUAUAAGUACCUUGAGGAUAAGACAUCUACGCCCUAUGUACCUGUAUACAGUGACGAGAAGGCUAGAUUCCUUUCCGAGUAUAGAUUUGACAUCUCAAAACUGGAGCCUUUGGUGGCAAAGCCUCAUUCUCCUGACAAUCGUGCUUUAGCUAGAGAGUGUAAAGAUGUGAAAAUUGAUAGAGUAUAUAUUGGAUCUUGUACUGGUGGUAAAACGGAGGAUUUCCUUGCUGCAGCAAAAGUUUUUCUAGCUUCAGGCAAAAAGGUCAAAGUUCCCACAUUCCUUGUCCCUGCUACUCAAAAGGUUUGGAUGGACCUUUAUAGUCUUCCAGUACCAGGAUCUGGUGGCAAAACCUGCUCCCAGAUAUUUGAGGAAGCUGGUUGUGAUACACCUGCAAGUCCUAGUUGUGGUGCUUGUUUGGGUGGCCCCAAAGACACUUAUGCACGCAUGAAUGUACCUCAGGUAUGUGUGUCAACAACAAACAGGAACUUCCCUGGCCGAAUGGGACAUAAGGAAGGCCAAAUAUAUCUUGCUUCCCCAUACACAGCAGCAGCAUCUGCUUUGACUGGUUAUGUCACCGAUCCCAGAGAAUUCUUGCACUAGACUAUGACUCAUAAUUCUCAUCACAUUGUAUGUGUUUCUUUCUACUGUAUUUUUCAAAGUUAGAUGCUAGAACAUGGAUCUGAAAAUGAAAAGUGGGUUGUCACACACCCACCCCAGAGAUUCCAUAUUAGGAGGUUGUACUGUAUUAUUUAUGUGCAAUUCACCGUAUAAACUUGUUUUUGAGUGUUUUGAUGGCUACAAGAAGGAAAUAAAUAGCUGGAGUAUGUUAGAAAAAAUAACUGAAAAUAUGGUCUUGUAUAGUUACCGUAUGAGAAUGAUGAUUUAGUGUAUGAAUUCUAUUGUCUA